AUGGCUCGAUCGACCGACCAGGACAACAUCGCGUGCAUAGCGCAACCCGCCACGCUCCCCUGCGGCCGUGUCCUCCCGAACCGGCUCGUCAAGGCCUCCAUGGAGGAGAUGCUCUCGACUGAGCUGCAGGAGGCCCUGUACGAGGUGUGGGCCGAGGGCGGGUGGGGGAUGCUCAUCACCGGCAACGUCCAGGUCUCGCCGGCGCACCUCGGCACCCCGUUCGACCUCGCCGUCCCACCUCGACCCGUCCCUCCUUCCUCCCUAUCCUUCUUCGCCCGAUGGGCACGCUCGACCCGGCCGACCUCGUCCCGUCCCCGACCUGUCGCCGUCGUCCAGCUCAACCACCCGGGCCGACAGUCGAUGCGCGUCCUGUGCGGCCGCAGCCCGUCGUCGCCAGCUCUCGCGCCGUCCGCCGUCCCGCUCUCGGUCGCAGGGCCGCUCGGGCGCCUCUUGUGGGGCACGCCGAGAGCCAUGACCGAGGGCGACAUCGACCAGGUCGUCGACGAGUUCGUCAACGCGGCGAGGGUCGUGCGCGAGGCCGGGUGGGACGGCGUCCAGCUGCACGCGAGCCACGGCUACCUCCUUGCGUCGUUCCUCAGCCCAAAGGUCAACCGCCGCACCGACAGCUACGGUGGCACGGCCCGCAAGCGCCUCAAGCUCCUGUUCCGCAUCAUCGACGGCAUUCGGGCCGAGUGCCCGCAGAGCGACGGCUUCUGCGUCGGCAUCAAGCUCAACUGCUCGGACUUUGUCAAAGGAGGCUUGACAGAGCAGGACGCGCUCGACAACGUCAAGUGGAUCGCCGAGCACGGCGGCGUCGACUUUCUCGAGAUCAGUGGAGGGUCGUACGAGAGUCCUGAGUUCAUGACGCCCGACGCAUCGCCAAAACGACCGUCGACAUUCGCGAGAGAAGCCUUCUUCGACUCGUUCUCGCAACGAGCGCGCUGGCUCCUCUCGACCCUCUCUCCCUCGACUCUGCCCUCGCCCAUCCCCCUCAUCCUCCUCACCGGCGGCUUCCGCACCCGCUCCGGCAUCUCUCGCGCCCUGUCGACCUCGUCCAAGCAGCCCCCAGCCGCCGACCUCGCCGGCCUCGCCCGACCCGCCGCCGCCGACCCGUUCCUCCCGCUCUCGCUUUUGUCGCCCUCGGUCCCGGCGAGCGCCGCUCGCGCAGCGGCGUACGACUCGCUGUACGGCGUGCGGUGGCUGCGGGUCCUGCUCGGGUGGGUCGCUGUCGCGGGCCCGGGACUCGACGUCCUGUGGCACACGAUGGCGCUGCGGCAGGUGGCGCUGCGGCGUGCCGCCGAGCGCAAGCGUGGGGUCGAGCAGGUGCAGCGGACGGGUGCGGGCGAGUACGAGCUGUGCGGGUUCUGGCGCAUGGCGUGGAGGACGUGGGUCCGGCCGGUCGUGCCGAACUGGCUCGGCGGCGUCGCUGCGGCGCUCCUCUUUGCCGUCCUGGGCCGAGGCUGGAAAUGGGCAUAG